AUGCACGAAGCGGUGCGACACACGCUGGCAAUGUCCAAGUCCGAGAGUAGCGGCGCUGACGGAGAUAACGAACGUGGCCGCGCCGACAUCGAUCCUCACGGCGGGCACCUACUACGCCGUCGGCUGGGUCUACUCCACGGACACCGGCGCCUGGGGCACGACGGGCGACCUCCGCCCCUUCGAGAUCGAGCUCCGGUCGUGCGGAGGAGACGCCGCUCAGCAGGCCGAGUGCGGGCUUGGAGAGUCCUGCGGCAACCCGUACCGCGCGCUGUGCGAUCUAGAGACAGGGGCCGCCUGCAUGGACUCGGACGGCAGCUACGACGUGCUCAUCCCGGAGGACGUCGACGCCGGCAGGAAGCGGCCGCGAAGGAGGUGCUGGCCGUGGAGGCUCCCGCGGCGAGCUCUCUGCAGCCGGGAGAUGCGUUCACGGCGGAGUGGGAGUACGAGGGCGCGGACGGGGAGACCAACGGGAACUUCGAGGUCAACCUGUUCUCGUGCGCCGACCAGGCCUGCGAGCAAGACAGUUGCGGGACCUUGGUAGCGGAGCUCUGUGGGGAGGCGGGCUGCUACGACCCGGGUCCCGGAGACUACGACGUCCGCAUCCCGGCCGACACGACGCCGGGGACGUUCAAGCUCCAGAUCCCGGGGACGCCGCCGACACCGGUGCCUCCCCGCGUGACGUGCGACCCGGCGGCGGUGGUGGCGUUCAGCUACAAGCUGGAGACGUCGACCCUGCUGCCGCUGAUCACGAUCUCGCACGAGAGCGAGGACAGGGACGAGGGGGGCUGCACGAACUUCUCGGGGCUCUGGGAGUGGGUGAAGGCGCAGGAUGCGGACGUGCAGGAACUCCUGUAUCCUGCGGAUCCCACGACGGGCGAAGCGGACACGACCGGGGGGGCGGCGACGGGAGUGUGGCUCCUGCGGACCUCGGUGGACGUGACGAACGGGGUCAUGUUCGAGGUGAUGGGCACCCAAGCCGAAGGGGGCGACAGCGACAAGAUUUUGCUGAGCAGCUCACCGACAAACUACUUCAGGAUCCGCGGGGCGGGGGGGCACCUCUAUUUCUAUCAAACCGAGGUGACAAGCUGGGUAGAGGAGGACCUCGCACCUCACACGCUGCCGGAUGACGCGGAAUGGGGAGCUGAGCCGCGUUCUUAUAUCGGCUGUCUUAGCGAGAUUCUCGAGGAGGGGCAGACAUGCGACGGAGUGGCCAAGAAGGAAAGGGGGGAGUGCCGCAUGGAUGUCAUCGAAAGCAUCAUAUCCUACCUCGGGUACGAGGCGACGGAAUCUUACGGGCUAAGCUGGAAGGUGCGCGGACUGUGUACGGAUCUGAGCAACCAGGACACGCUGUUCGAUUCCGUUCGUGUCUACGGAGAUCUGCAAGACUCCGACAUCUACGGCUUGUGGUACGGGCACUACAGCUACGGCCAUCUCGGCGGCAUGUGGACGAACAACUUCAUGCACGACAACCACGUGUACGGGUUUGACCCACAUGACGACAGCGACUACCUCACCAUCACUGGCAACACGUGCUACAACAACGGCGACCACGGCAUCAUCGCGUCCAAGCGGUGCGAUCACCUUCUCGUCGAGAACAACGAGUCCUACGACAACGGCGGCAGUGGCAUCAUGCUCCACAAGAGCUGCGACUACUCCACGGUCCGAUUAAACACGCUAUACGGAAACUUCGACGCCGGCCUAUCGCUCGUGGAGACAUCGCAUACAUUGGUGACGGAGAACACGCUGAACGACAACAAGUACGGCAUUCGCCUUCUGGUCGGCUCCAACGACAACACGAUUACGACCAACAGCGUGAGCAGCAACAGCCAGCACGACCUGUACCUGUACAUCGGCUCUUCCUCGGAUGUCGCGGACGUGGAGCCGUACACCGGGAUCAACGAAAGGAAUUUCUUGAGUGAAAAUAAUGUAAUGGGGACCGCGAAUUUUCCGGUGUCCGUGGCGGACUCUUCUGAGACCACCCUCUCCGACAACUUCUUCUUGGGCUCCGGCGCGUUCUCAUUCACCCGGUCUGACGAGACCCGGUUGUGGAAUAACGAGGGGGGCGCCGCGGAUUCAACUCCCUACGUGGAAGAUUCGUGCUUCACCGCAGACUCGGGGGUGUCCCCUGAGUGCACAUAA